CCGAGCGAGGGAGGCGGCGGGGCCGAGGAGCGACGCCGCUGCGGGUGCCGCGGCCGCCCUUAGCGCGCCCGCUCCGGGCGCACACAAAAGGGGCCUCCGCCCGUGCCUGGGCCGCGGCCUCCGCCUCGCCUGGGGCGCCAGAGGGCGGCUAGGCGGCCGGCCAGGCGGGCGGGCGGAGGCAGGAGGCGGGGCGUCUGCCCGGGGGCCCCGUGCGCCGAGUCAUGGAGGCUCAGUGUGCGAGCGGCCAUUGAGGGGAGCGGAGCGGCGCGUUUCGCCAGAGCCGGGCCAGGCAGGCAGGCAGGCGGAGGAGCGCAGCGCCCCGGCGUCGCCAGCCCCUCCUCGGCCCUCCUCCAGCCGCCCCGGCCGGGCCGCCCUUCCUCCCCGCCUCGCAGGGCGGCGGCGAUGGAGAUGAAGAAGCGCAUCAACCUGGAGCUGCGGAACCGCGCGCCCGAGAAGGUGGCUGAGCUGGUCCUUGACAAUUGUCAGUCUAGCAAUGGUGAAAUCGAAGGUCUGAAUGACACCUUUAAAGAAUUAGAGUUUCUCAGCAUGGCCAAUGUCGAGCUGACGUCCCUGGCCAAGCUCCCCACCUUGGCUAAGCUCCGAAAGCUGGAACUGAGCGACAACCUCAUUUCAGGAGGUCUGGAGGUCCUGGCAGAGAGAUGUCCAAAUCUCACCUAUUUAAAUCUGAGUGGCAACAAAAUCAAAGAUCUCAGCACGGUGGAAGCUCUUCAAAAUCUGAAGAACUUGAAGAGUCUUGAUUUGUUUAACUGUGAAGUCACAAACCUGGAAGAUUAUAGAGAAAGCGUCUUUGAGCUGCUUCAGCAAAUCACAUACUUAGACGGAUUUGAUCAGGAUGAUAACGAAGCCCCCGACUCGGAAGAUGAAGAUGAUGAAGAUGGAGACGAAGAUGAGGAUGAAGAAGAUGAAGAUAAAGCUGGUCCCCCAGGAGAAUAUGAAGAGAAUGAGGAGGAAGAAGACGAUGGUUCAGACUUGGGGGAGGGUGAAGGUGAAGAGGAGGAGGAGGAGGAGGAGGAAGUGGGCCUUUCAUAUUUGAUGAAAGAAGAGAUUCAGGAUGAAGAGGAUGAUGAUGAUUAUGUUGAGGAGAGAGAGACUGAAGAAGAGGAAGAAAGUGUCCGAGGGGAGAAGAGGAAACGUGCCGCUGAAGACGAGGGAGAUGAGGAGGAGGAUUAAGUUGUAGAAAACAAAAUAGGACCAGAUACAUUAUGUUGCAGGAUAUGCAAUAGUGGUAUGCAGGCUUGUGUGUCUCCAUGUAUCAUAGGUAUCCCUACAGAAAAUAUUAAUGUGUUAACUUUUUUAUAGGAAGUGUGUUUUUACUAUUUUGCCCUUUUUAUCAUUCCAACUAAGACACAAUAGCCCAUUAUUGAUCAUGUGCAUAGAACACUGUUUUUAUCCCCUUAAUCACUGACCCCACCUCCAUCCCCAUUUUUCCCAGGUUUUUCCUACUGAGUUUUGACAUGGGCAUGCUGUUAGUUCUAGCCACAGUUAACUCAGACAGAUUCUACACUUUUUAAUUCAGAGUUUUAGGAUUGUACUCUUAAAAGACAAAUAUAUUGCAAUGUGAUAACCAGCUUUUUUAUAGAACGGCCUCUAUCAGACAUGAAAUGGGAACUGUGUGAAAGCAAGAACUUCAAUAUUAUUGAAGGGGUUCAUUUUAAAGGGACGUCUGAAGAAUGCAUAGACAGGCUGAAGUCCCAUCUUUCCUGCUUGUUCAGAAUUUUGUGUCUUUUUUCGCGUAGGUAGUACACACACUUAAUUCCCUGCACAUCUUUAAGGAAUGCAUACAAUCAUUUUUAUGAUGGAGUCUUGCUUUGUUCUCAAAUGCUUGUGCUUAAAAAAAAAAAAGAUAACCUGGAAAUAACUACUUCCAAUUUAUUUGCCAUAUGUUUUGUUAUAUCCAUUAUAUUUCUCCUGGGCAGCCAGGACCUGUAUUUCUGGUACAAACAUCAGAACUUUACUUCUAGAGGUAAUAAUUAGAAUCCUCAAAUUCUCAGGCUUUCAUUAUUUGUUUUAAUUUGGAAACUUUUCUUUCUGUUUCCCCUCCAGCAGUGCUUGGCAACAGGCUUCACCAGUAUCCUAAGCUUGUAGCAGAGCACUGGGAAGAGAAGCCAAGCUGCUUGUCUCCGGAUAAGGGGGAUGGCAGGAAACGUUGGGCUUCUGGCCAUUUCCCUGCACUCCUGAAGCCAGCUGGGAAGAGCUGGUUGUGCAGGGCCGUUUCUUACCUUAACAAAGGGUUAUGGAGAAUGGUGGACUAGCUGACCAUUGUCCAUGGGUCUAGUUGGGGCCACAGGCCAUACAAAGUUUCCCUGAGAGUAUGUGUCUUACUGAAGAAAAGUUUUUGAAGGACUCCCUUCAGCAAGAAAUUUUGUUCAAAUGUGGAAAACUUCAGCAAUGUUUUCACCGUAGAUGUCUAGGGAUUCAAGACGAGUCCUUUCUCUGAUAGCCAUGAACUGGCCUUCGUGGGGCUCAUAGACUGCUUUUUAGAAACAAAUAGAAAACUUGGCAUGCAGCGCUCCUUCAGUCCUCUGUCAUGACAAACUAACCUGUAUUGUUAAAUAGAUAUUUUACCCAAAUAAUACACAGUUGUAUUCCAGAGAGACUAUUUUUUUAUUAUCUGUCCUGCCUAAAAGAAUCUGUCACUAAUUCGGGUAUAGAUAAAAGGGGUAUUUUUACAUAGAUGGUGGAGUUGACCCGUGCUGCACUUGCCUGUGAAUAUAAAUAAUGCAUUACAUUACACACAUUGGCACACUUUGUAUGUGACAUCAGACUCUUAAUUUAGUUUCGAUGGCACUGCAUUCAAGAAGAGCAACAAAACCUAGUAAUUUUUUUCUGAAUUAUCAUCCAUAGAGUGAUAUAGCACAGAUAAUUUUAAAGAUGUUCAAACAGAAUGAAGUGCAUAUGGCAGUUUAGCAGUUUUGAAUAAAUAUCUUAACGUAAAAAGUUUGGUAAAGCUUUACCCCAAUCUUGUUACUACACCUGUGUAUGAAUAAUGAAUUUAAAAAUUUCAAAGUGCACAAUGUGUUGUCAUGGAGAAUCUGUAUUCAAUGCAGUUGCUUUGUAUUAACUCUGAUUUCUCAAAGUCUUCCCCCAUGCCUUCUGAUUUAAAUUUUUAAUUUUUUAUUAGUCUCAGCAAAUAAUACAACCUUCCCAUUACAAGAAGAAAAGAAUAAACAAAGUCACCGGCUUAUAAUGAUAAAUCAUAUACUUUAGAAUGGUCCAGUCUUGUGCCUUUAGUAUGCUCUGAUGCACGUGACAGAAUUGUGCAGCGAUAUUACCCACAUUUGUGAUGGUGGAAGUAUGCAGAUUUCCACACACAAAGGAAUUUGUCUUCUGAUCCAGUUCCUCUAUUGAAAUUGGCAGGGAAGGAUUUGUGAGCAAAGUAUAUAUCCAAAUUCCAGCAGCAAUACAAAAUUGCUGAAUGGAUGGGUUUUUAAAUGGCUCAUUUCAUAAAUUCACUUCAGUUACUACUUUUAGUAAAGUUUAGAUUCAGCCAUUCGAAAGACUGAAAGGUGUCAAGAUUUAGUGGAGUAAAAUUAAACAAGCUUAACAGAAUGGUUAUACAUGGCACAUCCAGUAGUUUUACAACUAAGAAUCAUUGUGUAUUAAAACUAUUAUAACCAACUAAAUGUAUUGCCAAUGUUUUUAGUUGUCAGCUUAGCAUACAAUCAAAAUAGAGCUUUUCUUCCCUUUUAAACAAAAAUAAACCCAGAGCUUCUUGAUAACUUUUGAAUAUCUUUUUUGCUUGUAGGGUCCUUUAAUGGAAAACAAGGGUGGGUUUUAUAUUUGGUAGAGGUUUUUUCGUCCUGUUUGAAUCCUCUUUAUAUGGCAAUAUGUAUAUAGUAUGUUCAGUUCCUUUUCAAAUUCUGAAAAAACAGACAAAAUUUGGAAGUAAUUGAUUUUUGUGCAACUGUGUUUUGAAAAAGCCAUGACAGUGUUAAAUAAAACAAACUCCUACAGCACACUUCUGACGAUUUUAGUUGUAACAAAAUGUGAGUGUUUCCCCCGUGUGAUGUAAAUUUUAAAUUAAAGAUUUUCAGUCUGAAAAACU